AUGGACGCCAUGAUGAGUACGAUCGACACAUGGUUGGAUAACCCGGUGAAGUUUGAGAAAUCUCAUGGCGUUGAUAACACCCUGGACACUGAGAUCAUCCCAAAGUCUGACACUAAGGAGGAGGAGACUCACAUCCUUAUUGUGGAAGGCUUUCUGCUUUACACCUACGAACCUUUGAUUGACGUGCUGAACCAGCGUUACUUUAUUCCCAUCCCGUAUGAAGAAUGCAAAAAGAGGAGGUGCUCUAGGAACUACGCGGUGCCAGAUCCAUCCGGCCUGUUCGAUGGCUACGUCUGGCCCAUGUUUUUGAAACACAAUCCUGUUGAAAUAGGACCUUUAAUUUAA